UAAACGACCAACAUACCCUCGGUCCCUCGCGAAUGCUCUUUGAUGCCCAUGGCACACCCGGGCCCACUGCCCGAGCUCGACGUGUUUGAAGACUUGGAGGAUCUCGAUGAAGCUGCGCGGGCCCUCGGAAUUGUGGUUGCGGCGCUCGUUGAGAGCGGGACACCCUUGGAUCCGCUCUACACCAACACAAUACCCUGCCGGCGCGUUCUGACGCGACACGACGACUUGCAUCUGCUCCUCAAGCAGGGGUAUGCUUCAAGAGACUUUUCUGAGGUCGGCAAGCACGAUGCCCUGCAACGGCAACUGAAUUCGGCUGAGAUGGCUGACGCACUGGCUACCUACUCUUCGUCUAUGGAAGCAUUUGUGCGCCAAGUUGACCCACACGCCAUAUUUGACUGGUCGUCAGAAACUGCGGACACCAAGGACAAAGCACAUAUCGCAUCUUUGAAAAUUCCCGCCAUUCCGCGAAACCCUCGCACCCCUUUGCUUCUUUUGUGGAAGCUGGGGAGUUUCUCUCAAGACUCUGUCCUCAAAGCGAGAGUGGAACGUAUCUUUGCGCGAGGAAAGCAUACGUUCUUGGUGAACGCGUCAGGAACGGGCAAGACGAGACUGUUGCUCGAGGGACUCUGCCAACGCUGGGGAUUCUACAUUGUCGGCGAGACAGAUGUAGACGGCUUCGGCGCUGGAGACCUGGAUGAUGUUUUCACCAUGCAUCUGCGAUCUACCUUCCACUACGAUAUCUCAAACGCCUCUCAAGAUCGGCGCGUCGGAGCAAUUCAUCGAUGCAUGGGUGGACUGCUUUUGUGUCGUUUCCUUGUGCUAGAUAUGUUUCUGGACCUGCCACCGAGUGCUGACGGCGACAUGGCAGAGCGUAGAAGACUUUGGACACUGUUUCAAGUGAUCUCGGAAGCACUGGGAAACAGACUCAAUAUCUUUGUACAACUUCUACUGUCGGCACGGAAGCUGGACGAUGACUUCAUCGCUGACUAUCUCUCCUUCCUCCAUUCGAAGUUUUGCAAGCGCCUAGGAGAUGACUUCCAUCCCUUCAUCAUUCUCGAUGAGGCUCAAGUCGUAUUCAAUCAUUUUCGUGACCGAGACCUUCUGCGGGAUCCAGAUGGUUCUCCUUACCCGCUCCUCCGAGAGCUUGUGGACGGUCUUGUUGCGGUGUAUCCCGGCGAGAAAUGUUCUUUCAUCGUGGCAGGGACUGAUAUCCCCUCCGAGGGCUUUUCGCGCUCUCCCAACUCUCAUCUACAUCGCUGGAUAUCGGACACGGGAGCCUUCGACGAUGAAGCCCGGCAUAAGGCUUACGUUUCUCAGUGGCUACCUUCCCGCUACACUCGCUCGGAGGCUGGCCAACAUUUCCUGACGCAGUGCUGGCAGCUCUGUCGCGGGAGACAUCGAAUCACCGACAGCCUGAUGUAUUCUUUGCUCAGGAACGGUUUCAAGAGCCCACAUCGGAUUCUCAGCGCCCAUUUUUACGUGAUCUCCGGGUUCUAUCCCCCGGACGACAAUCCGUUCAUCCGAGCGGAGGUUCCAAUCAAUGCUGACAUCAUCUAUCCGAGAAUCAAUUUCUCUGUCCUGAAACAUCCUGCUUAUUCUCUGCGCGCUGCUGCUAUUCGUUUGGUGCUUCUUCGAUACGCAACCACUGGAAGCCAUGGCCGUCCGUUUGGCCUUGAUCAUAUCAAGCUCGUCACAAACGCCUUUGGUCGAUUCUGUGAUGAGAAUCGCUCGCAGAUUGUGUUCGACGAACCGCUUCUCGUUCUCGCAGCCGCAGCGCAGUGGUUCUGUCCCGUGCGAACGCCGCAAUCUGGACCCUCCGAUCCUGAUUCUCCUCGGCCAACGUCACUGCUCGAUGUGGUGGAGCUCAUCUCGCCCAUGGACCCGGACACAUUUGCGUGUGUGCUUGUGAUCUAUCUCGCGCACGCUUUCACGCGAGCAGCACCAAAAACGAUCUUCUCAUUUCCGCGUGGUGCCCCUGAAUGGGCGAAGCGCCCGUCGGAGCUGGUCAGCGUGUACCGCGGGGAGUCAUAUCGGCUGACCGACAAAGCAUUGACCUCUCGCCUUGCCGCUUCCCCAUUCGCUUCCAAUGAGCUGGUCAGCUGGCUGUCGCACAAUGAGCGACAUGGGUCUCCAUUCUGUCUCCCCGAUCUGCCGCACGCCGAUCUGUUCUUCGUGUUUCGCACUCCGGAUGGGACGUUUGUCCAAGCUGUAGUCGCGGCAUUGGGGACGACGACAACGCUCAGGGACUCGAGAUUGACACAGAUGAUCUCUCGAGCAGAUGAUGAUGCCCUGUUUUUGUCUCUUCCUGAAGAGAUGAGGGAGAAAGCCAUCAGCGGUUUGCACUCGCUCCCUGUCCCACCACCGACCGUGGCUCGAAGGAAAGGGAAACGUCCGCCGCGGUUGACAGAAGCGCCUGUGAUGCGAGUGAUGGCGUCCUUUCCAGGCCAAGCACAUAUCAAGAAUGCCACAAAAUCCCGGGCCAUAGUCGGGCUGAACACCGGACAGUUUUACAAAAUAUCGGUGCAGAUCUCGAUGACUGACGCGUUCGAGCAAAUGUACCAAUCAGUCACGCUCUCGCCGCAGUCUUCCGGGGAUAACCAGACUCCCAUCAAAAUUGUACCGCAACCUUCCCGUUUCAGCUCGCGCGCGCAGACUAGGUAGUUUUGUGCGUCAGGCAUCGUUACCCGAAUGUUCCCGCGCUUUUUGUUAGUACAAUCUUUUGUGGGUGCCAGCUUAUAGGCAGCCGCGUGUUUGUUCCUUCCUGCCCCCUCCCUCUCUUCCUUCCGUCUAUCCAGCUCCCCCAUGUCCAGCACAAGCGCUCACCGCUCGUUCCAGACGAAGGCGACGCCUGAGCUCAACGCUCGGAUUCAUGGGACUCUCAGGCCGUUUAUAUCGGGCUUCGAAGUUGGCCCUCACCUCUCCGUAUCGGAUAGCAUCAAUAGGGUCUUCACCUUCAUCGCCCGGGACAUUGGGAGGGACCCGGACGAGCUGUACCCCACCUGGCGUCAGAAGAGAUCUGUUAUGCAGUCCAAUCCCGCGCUUCGAGCGGAGGAGGAUGCCACUUUCUUGCAGAGAAUCUUGAGCGAGACUCGGAAAUCUGAAUCAUCGGAGGCAGAUUUUCAGUUUUUGUUGGAUGAAGUGAUGACUUUUGUGAUCCCGAUCUCCCCGCAACAAGCUGUUGCAGUGCUACAGGCUGCUGAAGAGGAAGUAAAGAAUAUCUUGCGUGAAUUCCUUGCUCAGGGAGACCCUCUUCCUCCGUGGGAGCCCAGUCACAUCCUUCCACACUCCUCGUUUCUCAGGAAGUUGAAGAUUCCACGAACACCCGGCGGCGAGAAUGUGCCUGACAUGUUGCUUCACGACCUCGGCAAUGUGAAGAAGGGCUCCAGCCUGGAUCGUGCUAUUCGCAACAUCUUUCUGAAAGCUCCACCGCCCGUCGUAUCACUUGUAAAUGCCCCGGGGGCAGGGAAGACAAAGACUAUGAUCGAGGGACUUUGCGGGCACUGGGGAUUCUACCUGACCUGUGCAGUCGAUUCGGAGGGACGGGGGUCCCGCGAUCUCUCGAUUGCCUUCAACAAGCACAUCAAAUUAGAUCCGGCCUUCGUCGAGAAUCUGGAAGAAGCGGCAAAGAAGGACGAAAAUGUGACUCUCAGUAGCCUCCAUCGGGUCAACUGUGAAAUUGCUCGGAGCCGGAUAUCUGAGGUCCUCCUGGCCCGGAUAUGCAUCUUGACAUGGUUUUUGGAUGUGUUGAAGGAGCUCAACCCGAUCGGGCCACUGGAUAGUGCCAAAAAUAGGCGACUGUGGACUAUCCUACAACUGCACCCACCUCAUGGACCCAACGGCGGUGACGUAUUCCAGUCAACGCUGGAAAGGAUCCUCGGCCUGGAUGAUGAGUAUCUGAAGACCUUGACCAGGGCAAAAUUGCAUACCCUACACUCUUCCCUCAAGAUCGGUCUCAAUGAGCGCCUAUUCUGUGUUGUUGAUGAAUCACAAACUGCUAUCACGACCCUGGAGCACGCUUUCAUGUCUCAUGAUCCUGAGGACAUCCAAAUAACAGCCCGCCCUGUCCUUCGAGAGCUCGGCGUCGUGUUGUUGGCGCGUGAGAACAACCUGGCGGUUGUGUUCACGGGAACUGCGCUGGCUCGUGUCCUUCUCGACGCAAUACUGGCCUCCAAGUUCCUCAAACUAGGAAAUGACUACAGGCCCAUCACUCAUUUCGGCGCCUUCAGCAAACCCGAAGACCAUAUCGACUAUGUCAAAAAGUACAUACCGUCGGAUCUGCUCGCCACACGGAGUUUCAAAGCCCUCUUUGACCGAAUCGUUUACUGGCUGCGAGGACGAUACCGAUUUACCUCUGCGUUCGUCCGGGAGCUUCUCAUGAGCGGAUACCAAUUGCCCCAUUUGAGGCUGAACGCAUUCAUCAAAGUUGCGACCAAGUCGCCUCUGCUCAGGACCCUCGGCCGUUUCACCUCGGAUGGGUUCGAUGCUACGGAUGGGGCCAUCCACUUGGAGUCUGAGCUGGAGGCGAAUCGCGGUGAUCCAUUAGUGAUCACCAUUGGCGAACAGCGGCUGUUCGACUUUGGAAAGAUCAAAGACAAUGUCAGAUUCGUCGAACUCGUGCGCACGUACGUUCCAGAGAUGUGCAUGCGGUCGAAGAUAACAUCCACGCCGAUGCCCCUGAAGUACAAAGACAGGAACGGGAGAGUGCUGGAGGAUUUCGGCCAACUGGUGCAAUACGGCGUCGCCCGUUACGACGAAAACGACAUGGGUGUCGAAGGGGACGUGCGCCUGCUCAUGGACGAGCCCCUUGCGAUCAGAGCGUUGCUGGAAUGGCUCCAGAGCUGCGACGCUCCUCUGGCAGCCAUCUUGCGCAAGGCAGCGGUCGGGGGACUGCAGAACCACGCGGGCAACAACGGCGUCGAAGAAUAUAUUGCGUUCUACUGCGCCGUGGCAUUCAAAUCGGGUGCGAAGCUCAAGGAGAUAUUUCACUUCCACAAGGGGCUGAAGAUCCCCGAAUGGGCAGAAACAUCGGCCGACCUGGUCUCCGUCUACUGCACUAAUCAAGAUUCGAGACCAAAUGACCCCGUCAAAGCCCAGUCUUGGACCGCAGAAUAUGAUGUUUCGCCCGUGACCGACCAGUCGGGGCCAAGCAACUCACUCGGAUACUGUGCAUCUACGAUAUCGGACACGCGCCGAUGGAUGCAACAUUUGGAGCGAGCGUCGAUCUGCUUCCCGGACAAGUUCAUGGGUCCGGACCUCGUGAUGGUCCUGCGGCUGCACAACGCGCAACGAUCGCUCAUUUGGCUUGCUAUCCAGUCCAAAUUCUCCGCCGCUGAGGAGCUUGAGCCCAGCAAAUUGAAGGAGGCGCUGCCUACCGUCACGCCAGACGGUUAUUACGAGCGACGGAAAAAGGAUGCAGUGUUCGACGAGGAGCCACAACCAUUGGGAGCCCACCAGGUCCAAAUUCUCAAGGACAUGGACAGCCUUCCGAAUCGGCUUGAGAUCCCCGGCUUCGACCAGCGCAGAAACAAAGCGUUCAUGAAACGCAUGGUCGACCACUAUUCUGGGCCCGACUUCUCUCAACCUUUCGACGUGACGGCGGAUGAGCUGGCUGUUCUCGACGGAUGCGGGAAACACAGCGUGCUGCGGGUGAUUGUGGGCUGGCCGUCGUUGACGAAUCUGCACAACCGGUAUUCGACGCUCCUCCAGCACCGGUACUUUGACGAUGACUGUCACCCGAUCGUCGAGUUCAACCGCGACCGGUGGAACACGAUCAUGGAAGAUUACCUGCUACCCGAAUUCGAUACUCGCAGGCAUAACAGGUCGCGGGGAACCAAACAAGACCGACCGGAUGCAGGACACGAGGCUGACGAACCGGGCCCUUCGAUGAAACGACGGAAAACCGCCCACGAUCUCGACGCAGACGAGUUCGAACUGGAUGCCGCAUUUGAGCCCAAUUCCAACGUGAAGACACAGUUUGCGUCGCAGUUCUUGCAUCCCUUCCGGAUCGGGGAGGACGCCGGGGAGACUGCGGCGUGGGACGAAUUGGAACAUGGAGGGAAUCCCACUGGGUCGGUCGCAGACGGCCCGCCUCUGACGGCCACUGAUCUCGAUGCAACUACGCUUGGAGGGCAGUCGGUCUAUGAUGACGGCGGCCACCCACGGAUCACUGAACGCAGGCGGGAUGGAACCGUGCGACUCGGCGGCGGAGAGGUGCACCUGAGGGUGCUGGGCCAUGAGAUAGAUCCGCACAAAUUCUGGGACACGCACAGAUUGGGAGGGAUGUCCGGGGAUCUGCCCCCUCUGAAAGAUUCCAUCCCGCAGCUGAAAUUGAUGAAGAAACGGGAGCGCAGGAUAUGGCCGGAGCGUGAGGAUUGGGAGAUCGAGACGGAGUUCACGCAGGAAGAAAAGGGGCUCCCGCUGCAAGACAGAAAGAAGAUAAUCUUCGAGAGGCUGAAGCGUGCAGCGGAGAGAUACGAGGCCAUGUCUUACCAGCUUUUUUGCAUCGGAAACCCUCUGCUCGACAUGCAGGUCACGAAGGGCGAGGCGAUCUUGGAGAAGUACGACCUCAAGGCCAACGACGCAAUUCUUGCCGAAGCUAAACACGAGUGCCUGUACCCGGAGAUUGUUGAGAAGUAUGACAUCACGUACGUUGCGGGCGGCGCGUCACAGAACACUGCGCGCGGUGCUGCGUACGUGCUGCCCCCUGACUCGGUCGUAUACACUGGCUGCGUCGGUGAUGAUGACCUUGCUGAGCAGCUCAAGACUGCGAACAAGCGUGAAGGUCUGAAGGAGGUUUACCAGGUCAAGAAGGGGGAAAAGACCGGAGCCUGCGCUGUCAUCAUCACUGGACACCACCGUUCGCUCGUGACUACGCUCCGUGUUGCCGAGAAGUUCGAGAAAUCGCAUCUCACGUCGGAGUUGGUCGCACCUCUCGUCGAUGGCGCCAAAGUGUUCUACGUGGAGGGAUAUUUCCUGACUCACGGCACUGAGAGCAUCGUUUAUCUGAGUCAGAAGGCGUCCGCGCAGUCCAAGAUCUUCGCGAUCAACUUCUCCGCUCCCUUCAUCCCCCAGUUCUUUGGCCCGGCGCUCCAGCAGAUCCUGCCUUUCUGCGAUCUGGUCAUUGGAAAUGAGUCUGAAGCCGAGACAUGGGCUAGCGCCAACGGUCUCGCAGACCCCAAAGACCUCCCCGCUGUCGCCAAAGCGAUCGCGCUGCUGCCCAAAUCCAACCCCUCUCGGCCCCGCACUGUUGUCAUCACGCAGGGCGCUGAUUCUACGAUCCUUGUCUCGUCCGCGACACCCGACAGCCCGAAGAUAUAUCCCGUGACCAAGCUGGCGGAUGCCGAAAUCGUCGACACGAACGGCGCCGGCGACGCAUUUGCGGGUGGUUUCCUCGGAGCCCUCGUCGCGGGCAAGUCGAUCGAUGAGUGUGUGGAGGCAGGACACAAGCUGGGAAGCAUGUGUGUCCAGCAAGUUGGUCCUCAGUACCAGUGGCCCAAGGUCAACGUUCUCUGAUCCAACAUUGUCUGGAUGCGUUGGAGAAAGAACGACCAAUGUAUUACUAGUCACUCUCAACAGUGAUGACACGUUGCGAUGCAACCUGCUUCCACAGCAUGUAUUAGACAUACUUGUAGAAUCCGAUAGGCAAGCAACAGUAGCUUGAUAAUCUUCUUAGGCCUGGC